UGCAUUGAAUGUGUGUUGUCGGUGCUCUGUUCUGGCGCUGGGUGGAGCGCGUCCCUCCCCGUUCCGUUCUGCUCCAGGAUUUGACGUGUCGUCUGUGUUUUUUCUGCACUUCCUGCUUCCUCCAUGACUGUUUUGAGCCAGCAGUCCCGUCCGAAAGCAGAUCGGUAGGAAUCGUUAAACGUGGCAAUGGUGUGAAGGUGCGCGAUCGGCGGCGGUGUGUGUGAUUGUGAGUGAAGCCCGAGGUGUUAUCGCUGUCAGCCAUGCAGUUCUCUCCCACCAACGGAGAUUUUACCUUCGUCUCCUCGACGGACGCUGAAGAGCUCAGUGGCACCAUCGAUGCCCCGGAUAUCACAUUAAAUAUGGGCCCUGAUUCCACCAGGGAUGCCUACGCCACCACCUUCCUGAGACAGAGAGGCUACGGAUGGCUGCUGGAGGUGGAGGAAGAGGAUUCCGAGGACACUAAACCGCUCCUGGAGGAGUUGGACAUUGAUUUAAAGGACAUCUACUACAAGAUCAGGUGCGUGUUGAUGCCCAUGCCCUCGCUGGGUUUUAAUAGACAGGUGGUGAGGGACAAUCCUGAUUUCUGGGGCCCGCUGGCUGUUGUCCUGCUCUUCUCCAUGAUCUCCAUCUACGGACAGUUUAGGGUUGUUUCAUGGAUUAUUACGAUCUGGAUAUUUGGAUCACUGACUAUUUUCCUUCUUGCAAGAGUGCUGGGUGGAGAGGUGUCUUAUGGGCAAGUGCUUGGGGUUAUUGGCUAUUCUUUGCUCCCGCUCAUUGUAAUAGCUCCACUUCUCCUGGUCAUUGGGGGUUUUGAAGUUGUCUCUACACUCAUAAAGCUUUUUGGAGUAUUUUGGGCUGCGUACAGUGCUGCCUCUUUACUCGUCGGUGAUGAAUUCAAAACGAAGAAACCCCUUCUCAUAUAUCCCAUCUUUCUUUUGUACAUCUACUUCCUGUCUCUGUAUACUGGAGUCUGAAUUGACCACAGGCUUUGAUUAGCUCGUUGCUUGGACAUUGACAAAGAGCACUGUGGAGAGCUACACAGCAGGGAUGUUCCAUGAAGACCAAGAAGGAAUUUGCUUUUUCUUUCUUUUAUUUUACCCUGUUUAUAAUCCUAUAUGCUUUGGGGAAUGAGGUGUACAGACAUUAGUGUAUUUAACUGCUUCCAUUUAUUUUGUACACAAUAAAAAGCUGCAUCUUUUACUGUGGAAGCCCUGUUUGCAGAGACCACUCUGCCACCGAAAUCUGGAGCCCUGGUAUUACAUGGUCUUUACAAACCCCGAAAGGAAAAAAAGAGAACUUUAUAUUGUAAAAGACUAUGGAAAGCAUGAUAGUCAUGUAACAGAAAUUAUGUGUCACCACACAUGAUGGUGAAAACUUUUUUGAGUCAACCAGCUGAUGGUAGACAGAUUUUGUUGUUGUUGUUGUUGUUGUAGACCUGGGGUGCCCAAUCCUGCUCCUGGCGAUCGACUGUCCUGCAAAGUUCAGCUCCAACUCUAAUCAAACAUACCUGAAGCAACUAAUUAAGGUCUUCAGGAUUGCUUGAAAAUUAAAGGCAGGUGUGUUUGAUUAGAGUUGGAGCUGAACUUUGCGGGACAGUUGAUCGCCAGGAGCCGGUUUGGGCACCCCUGUUGUAGACUGAUCCAAUACAUUCACAGAAUUCUUGAUCUUAUCAGUUUUAAUUUUUAAUUUAUGAGUUCUACAUGGAAAAAGAGAGUAUGCAGGCAGAACAGCUUAGAUUAAAAAGGUCUGCUUUGUAUGGGUGCCUUGAAUUGGUCGUUUUAUAUGGCUGUGGUGUAUUUUAUUUAUGUAAAUGUAGCCAAAAAGGAAAGGAAUUUUUAUUUGUAGAACAUGCAAUUGAAAACAACUUUCUACCUGGUGAUGUGUACACUGCAGACAUAUGUUACCAUAUUAGUUGAGCUAAAACAAUUGAGUCUGAAAAUUGUUAUAUUCAUGAAUCAAAUUAAAAUCUAUUGACACUGUAAUUAAACUUUUUGUUGUGAA